AUGCAACAGCACAAGGAGGAAGCCUCACAGGCAGCAAGCCAGGAGACAGGGCCGCUCUUUGGAGGUCAUUUUGCCUCGCAGCAGCAGCGGCAGCUCAGCGGCCGCGGCCUCACGCGGGGGGCGCAGAUCACAGAGGCUUUGUUAAAGGAGAGAGAUAAACAAGCAAAAUGGAACGGGAUUCCCUUGCUAUUGCAAAAGUUGUAUGAGCAAAGCCACCCAAACAGCGACUUCUCCCAGUGCCAAAGCAUCCUUAAGGAAAUUUCUCCGCUUCUUUCAAUGGAAGCCAUGGCAUUUGUCACAGAAGAUAGAAAAGCUGCUCAAGAAUCUACUUUCCCAAACACCUACACAUUUGACCUGUUUGGAGGAGUUGAUCUUUUAGUAGAAAUUCUCAUGAGACCGACUCUUAUGACACAGAAAAAGAAACAGAAAAUAAGUGAUGACCUCAUCAAAGACUGUUUAAGCAUCCUGUACAACACAUGCAUAUGUACGGAAGGAGUCACGAGGCGGCUGGCGGAAAGAAAUGACUUUGUGUUGUUCCUGUUUACACUCAUGACAAACAAAAAGACAUUCCUACAAACUGCAACACUCAUUGAAGAUAUCCUGGGAGUCAAAAAGGAAAUGAUACAGCUGGACGAUAUUCCCAAUCUUUCGAGCCUUGUGUCAAGUUUUGACCAGCAGCAGCUUGCAAACUUCUGCAGGAUCCUCGCAGUGACAAUUUCCGAGCUUGACACAGGAAGCGAUGACAAGCACACGCUUCUCGCCAAAAAUGCACAGCAGAGAAAAAACUUGGGCCCUUCUCGUGCUGAAGUUAAUCAAGCUACACUUCUGAAUAUUCCAGGGUUCAUUGAGCGAUUAUGCAAACUGGCAACACGAAAGGUGUCUGAAACCACAGGUACUUCCAGCUUCCUGCAGGAGUUAGAAGAGUGGUACACCUGGCUGGACAAUGCCCUUGUACUCGAUGCGCUGAUGAGAGUGGCAAACGAAGAGGCAGAGCAGAGCAGCACAGAGUCUUCAGACGAGAGUGGAUUGGCCAACACCUCAACACGCACCCAGCUUCCACAGUCCAUGAAGAUCAUGCACGAGAUUAUGUAUAAGCUGGAAGUGUUGUAUGUUCUCUGCGUGUUGCUCAUGGGGAGGCAAAGAAAUCAGGUUCAUAAGAUGAUAGCAGAGUUCAAGCUGAUUCCCGGCCUCAAUAAUUUGUUUGACAAACUGAUCUGGAGGAAGCAUUCGGCAUCUGCCCUGGUUCUGCAUGGACAUAAUCAAAAUUGUGACUGUAGCCCAGACAUCACUUUAAAAAUACAGUUCCUGAGGCUCCUUCAGAGCUUUAGUGAUCAUCACGAGAACAAGUACCUGCUUUUAAACAGCCAAGAACUCAACGAGCUGAGUGCAAUCUCCCAUAAAGCCAACAUCCCAGAGGUUGAUGCAGUCAUUAACACAGACAGGAGUCUUGUCUGUGAUGGGAAAAGAGGUUUGUUAACCAGACUGCUUCAGGUCAUGAAGAAGGAGCCAGCUGAAUCCUCCUUCAGGUUUUGGCAAGCGAGGGCUGUUGAAAGCUUCCUGCGAGGCACCACCUCCUAUGCAGACCAGAUGUUCCUCCUGAAGAGAGGGCUCCUGGAGCAUAUUCUCUACUGCAUCGUUGACAGCGAGUGCAAAUCGCGGGACGUGCUGCAGAGUUACUUUGACCUUCUAGGGGAACUGAUGAAAUUCAAUAUCGAUGCAUUCAAGAGGUUCAACAAGUACAUCAACACAGAUGAGAAGUUCCAGACAUUUUUGAAUCAGAUCAACAGUUCAUUGGUCGACUCAAACAUGUUGGUUCGCUGCAUUACGUUGUCCCUGGACCGAUUUGAGAAUCAGUCUGAUGCUAAAGUUGCAGAAGUCCUGUCCGAAUGCCGCCUGCUGUCGUACAUGUCCCAGAUGUCCAUGAGAAUGUCCUUUCUCUUCCGUCUCAUUAAUAUUAUUCACGUACAGACGCUCACCCAGGAAAAUGUCAGUUGUUUGAACACGAGUCUAGUUAUCUUAAUGCUGGCCCGAAGGAAAGAAAAGCUUCCUUUUUAUCUGCGCACUUUGCAACAGAUGGAAUACACCGAGAAAUACCCAGGCUUCAUCCUGAACAACUUCCACAGUCUCCUGCGAUUCUGGCAACAGCAUUACCUCAACAAGGACAAAGACAGCACCUGCUUAGAAAAUAGCUCAUGUAUUAGUUUUACCUACUGGAAAGAGACUGUGUCUAUACUGCUCAGUGCGGACCGGACUUCCCCCUGUGCCAUAGUUAGCUACAUCGACGAGGCCUACAUGGACAUUGACAGAGACUUCUGCGAGGAGUGAGCGCCCACGCCGGCGGGGACAGCGCCGGGAGGGUGCCCAGGAGCCCGUGGAAUUUCAGGGAUACGCCGUGUCGUGCGCGCGCCGCUCGGAGCCGCCGGCGAAACCCCGGCCCCCUCCCUGGCCCCACUCAUCUCCCACGGAGGAGCCCUGCAGAGCGCUCCGGGCAGCACAUUCAGGGACGUGGCUGCCGUUUGUUCCGGGAUAAAAUAGUCACCUGCAAAAAAAGCACCCAAGCCUUCCCCCUUCCCACCCCCUCCAGUCAAAAGUGGCUGGUCCGAGUCCCUUUGGAUGGCAAAUGACAAUAUCCUGUAUGGUGCCAAUUUGGUUGGGGACCUUUUCUUUUUUUCCGGGCUCCCAGACUGAGCAAGUCAAAAAGCACAGAACUCGCCCUCCAAAUGUGAGGUCCAAGGAGCCGCUCUGCCGGGACACCAGCCACAUGCAGAGCCACCGCGAGGAUCCUUCCAGGUUUAGCUCUUCUGUUGGGGGUUGGAAUCGGGGGUCAGGGUUGGGUAGAGUGAGUGUGAGUGCGUGUGCUUGUAACUCCCGAGAGCCCCAGCUCCAGUGGCCUCUUGACCGCCUCCUUUCGGAUCACUUGGUACUAAAUCUGUUCAGCCUUUGUCUGUUUGUGCGUUAGGAGAGAGCCCCUGCUCCUGCUGUCCUUCCUGCAGAGCCCUCCUGGCGGGAGCUGUUUGUACAAAGCUGCGGAGAACGGAGACGUUUCGGCCGUGGUGGAACCGCCACAGGGGUUGGCUUUUUCCUGGAGCACUAGCAUUAAAGCCUACUAAUUUUUUAAAAACUUGCGGCUUGUCCCUUCUUGGGUAACUAAUCUGGGUUUAAAAUCCUUUUAGGGACCGUUGCUGAAAUUGCUUUCCAAGAGCAAGUUGAGGACCCUUGCUCUUGAUGCUAACCUGCUGUGCCUGGAAGGCUCCUGUCGGUCUCUGCUGUCAGUCCUUAAUAUCAACACACACACGUUAAUCUCGAAGUGCAAUAUUUAUUGGAGAUGUCUGCGUUUCCCGCAUUUGUCUUGAGCGGGAUGUGUUAAAGGCUGGGACUAAACACUCCCCGUUGAAGGUAACGCUGUAGGAUACCUUGGGAAAGGGGGGGAGCAGGUUUUGGCAGAGUCCCAGUUGUCAAAGCCGCCCUGCCUGCUCCCCAGUGUUAAUUAUGUUGCUCCAAGACAGUCACAUUCCCAGGAAUGAAAUACAGUCCGAAAGCCUGAGCCACUGCCUUUAAGACCAAACUUACCCUCUUGAAGCUCCAGCUCCAAGAAUCCCUUUUCCUUCCAAACAGGCACCCGAAUUACUUCUUUUUACCUUACCUGACGAGGCAUUUACCGUUCCUGCUCGCCGGGAGCUGCAGGUGGGGACUGGCGGUGAGGAUGUCCCCAAGCUGCAGCCUCUUCUCCCUCGU